AUGAAUUUUAUUUGUUCUAUUUAACUUCCCAUCUUUCUUCUUCUUCUUCUUCCUCCUCUGUACAUCACCUUUUGCUCUAUUGACUUCCUUGACUCGCUUUCACAAAUGGAGGAGUUUACUCCCAAUCCCAAUCUCCACUUUCUUCCUUCCGUCAAGCUUUUCAUUUCACUUCUGCUCAUCAAUUCCGUCUUCACUUUCCACUCUGCUCUCUCUGAAAUUUUCUUCGAAGAGAGAUUCGAAGAUGGAUGGAAGAGCCGUUGGGUCUUAUCUGACUGGAAAAGAAGUGAAGGGAAAGCUGGGACUUUUAAGCACACAGGCGGAAAAUGGGCUGGAGAUCCAGAUGACAAAGGCAUUCAGACUUACAAUGAUGCUAAGCAUUUUGCCAUAUCUGCAAAGAUACCGGAGUUCACCAAUGAGAACAGAACUCUAGUGGUCCAGUAUUCUAUAAAAUUCGAACAGGAGAUUGAAUGUGGUGGCGGGUACCUUAAGCUUCAUUCUGGUUAUGUCAAUCAGAAGAAAUAUGGUGGCGAUACCCCUUACAGUAUGAUGUUUGGGCCAGAUUUAUGUGGUACGCAGACGAAAAAACUCCAUGCGAUACUUUCUUACCAGGGGCAGAAUUAUCCCAUAAAGAAGGAUUUGCAAUGUGAAACAGACAAGUUAACUCACUUCUACACAUUCAUUCUUAGGCCUGAUGCUAGUUACAGUAUACUUGUUGAUAAUCGAGAACGAGAUUCUGGAAGCAUGUACAGUGAUUGGGACAUCCUGCCACCUAGGAAAAUCAAAGAUGUUAAGGCGAAAAAGCCUGCUGACUGGGAUGACAGAGAAUACAUUGAAGAUCCUAAUGAUGCUAAACCGGAGGGAUAUGAUUCAAUUCCAUCCGAGAUUCCUGAUCCAAAGGCUAAAGAGCCUGAUACGUGGGACGAGGAUGAGGAUGGCAUAUGGAAGGCUCCCAAGGUUCCAAAUCCAGCAUACAAGGGACCGUGGAAGCGUAAGAAAAUCAAGAACCCCAAUUACAAGGGAAAAUGGAAGGCUACAUGGAUUGAUAAUCCAGAGUUUGAGGACGAUCCUAAUCUUUACGUGCUAAAACCAAUAAAGUAUGUGGGCAUUGAAGUUUGGCAGGUAAAAGCUGGAUCAGUUUUUGACAACAUUUUGAUAUGCGAUGACCCCCAAUAUGCAAAGGAAGUUGUUGAUGAUACGUUUGCUAGGAUUAAGGAGGCUGAAAAGGAAGCUUUUGAGGAAGCAGAAAAAGAAAGGAAGGCUAGGGAAGAAAAGGAGGCUCAAAGGGCUCGAGAGGAAGGUGAAAAGAGAAGAAGGGAGCGAGACUAUCGUCAUAGAGAUAGGCGGCGGCAUUAUCGAAGGGAUCGACAUGACAUCGAUGACUACUACCAUGAUGAGCUAUGAGGGUGGUGGUUAGGCAGUCCAAGUAGCUCCAGUUGGUCCAAAGGACAUUGUGAUUCUGCUGUGAGACAUAAUUUACAAACUACUUGGCCUUCCCAUUGAAAUAUUUGUUGUAUUGAAACUGUGCGCAUUUAUGGGGAGCUUUGUAGUUUUCUUUCCACUUUGUAUUUCUUGUCUUUGAAUUUUGCAAAUCCAUCAUAUGGACUGAUAUUGAUUAUUAAUAAUUUCACUCAUAAUUAUUUCA